CAAGUAUCAGAGAGAGAACAUAUAGAUGGCUAAUAUGUUUGAUUUUAUUAAGAAUCUUAAUCCUUCUAAAGAGCAAUGGAGGAUAAAGGUUAGAGUAAUUCGACUUUGGAAGCAAAAAAAUUUUCGAUAGUCAAAACUGGGUGAUAAUAUUGAAAUGCUCCUUUUGGAUGAACAUGUCAGAAUUUUGUGUUCUUGAAUUUGGUUUUCAAUAAGUAUUCUAAAGUUUGCUUUUCACAUCUCUUCUAACAUUUUUUUAUGUUUUGUUUACGGGGGGAGAAUUCAAGCAACUCUUAGGGCUUCUUUGCGUUUUAAGGAUGCUUUUACUGAAGGAGGAGUUUAUACAAUUUCGAAUUUUGGUGUUUCUUUGAAUAAAGAUCCUUAUAAGCCAACCACACAUAAAUACAAGAUUGUUUUUAAUCCUAGAACUGCUCACAGUUUGCUUAAUGAUUCCAACAUCCCUAAUUAUGCAUUUUCUUUCGUUGAGUUUGAUAAGAUUUUAAACCAAACUCAAGAAAAUGCUUUUUUAGUUGGUAUAUUUAUUAUAGAAUAAUUUCAUUAUUUUGUCUUAAUUUAUUCAAUUAAAUUGCAGGUUUACUUUGGAUUUUACAUUAAA